CUACAAUUACAAAUGGGCGAUCGGUGAGAAAUGAGCUCAUGGGUGCCCCGAAGUCACGAGGCUCUCUGACUAAUAUUUUUUUCUUAUACUUGAGAUCUUAUCGUUCCUGGUAGUUAGCAUUAGAAAAGAAGAAAAAAGUAAAAUCUCCACCUCAGUUUUGUUCCAUCUUGUGAGAGACUCAUUUUCAUGAAUGUUUGCAACACCAGCAUUUAGUGUUUUGUGUUAAUUUUGAUUUUUUUUCGCAAAAAAUGAUGAGGAAAAGGAAGCUGACCGUAGACUCGUCAGGAGGAAAGAAUGGUAAAAAUAAUAAAGGCAGUGAACAAAACGCCAUGAUAUGGAACGAUACAAACAUAGACUCGGACGACCCUGCGCUUCCUCAUACUCGACCGAAGACAAAAAAAUUUGGCAAGACUCUUCCCCCUCUCGAAAUCAAGCCUGCUCUAUCCGACGGCAUAUUGUCGCCAAAUCUAGUGACGCCUCCCACACCAGGACUGUUGGAGGCACUCGAUAAAUUCUUACCAAGAACGCCUAUCUUCGCCGACGUGUACGGCAAUGUCAAAACCGACGAGGUAACUAAGUGGAUAUUCAGCGAUCACUGGAACAAUGAAACGCGCCUCUGUCAAUACUUUAGCACGAAACCUUACGACGAAGUGUGCAAUUUUGUAAAGGAUGAGUUGCAAAAGCGUAAAUUACGCUCCAAGUGCAUUUGCUGCGGCAACUCUCUGUUGCAUUUGUCGAUACGGGUAGGCUACGACAAGAUAUCGAUGCUGCUUAUGAGCGAAAAUUUGAUCCACUGCAAGAAUGAUCUGGGCGAGACUCCACUGCACACGGCAUGCGACGUUGGCAGUCUGGAAAUCGUAGACGAAUUGAUCGAGAACGGAGCCGAUCCCUCCGCCAAAGAUAAUAGUGGCAUAGCGCCGGUUUACAUUGCACUGGCUAAAGGUCGUAGCGAGAUGGUGGAUUUCUUCAUUCAGAAUGGUACCGAUGUGAAUCAACCGCUUUCACAAUUUUACAAAAUUAUGCCGUUGCAUGUGGCCGCUCUCAAAGGCUUCUCCUACAUAGUUAGCAUGUUGCUUCACUACGGUGCCGAUCCCGAGGCACAAACGAAGCAAGGCCACAGCGCCGCCAGCAUUGCCAUCGUUUCGAAUCAUACGGAAUGUGCUAAACAAAUCUUGGCUACCAUACCGGAUUUAAACGUAGAUUUGAGACACAUCAAUAAUCAGACGCUUCUGCACUUAUCGUGCCAAUACGAUCGAGAGGAAUGCGUGAAAAUGUUACUUCUUCUGGGAGCCGAUAUACAUUUGCAGGAUGAAAACGGAAUGACAGCUUUACAUAUCGUAGCUCACAAGAAUCACCUGAAUUUAAUGCAAAUACUUUUGAGUUAUGGUUGUAACGUCAACGUCACCGACAAAUGGAACCGUACACCCCUUUACUCCGCCGUGAUGAGCAAUCACGCAAGCAUGGUGAAAAUGCUGUUGACCUACGGUGCUAACACGGACUCAAUCGGAAUGGCUUUGCACAAAGCAUUGAAAAACAAUCAACGCCAAGUUGUCAUGCUGCUGUUGAAUCAUGGCGUCGAUGUUCAAAGUCGAGAUUUGGUCGGCAACACGUUACUCCAGACUACCGUCAAACAAGGAGACGUUGAAAUAACUAGACAGCUGCUUCGAUUGGGUGCCGAUGUUAGUUUGAUUGGGGGAAUUAAUUCACUGAUGCCGGAUGCGAUGAGAAGUAAAAAUCCUCAACUCGUCGCUUUGUUGUGCGAUGCUGGUGCCGAUGUCGAUAAUCCGAAUGAAGACGGCACUACACCGAUCGAGCGAGCUAUGCUCAUAGGAAAUCACGAGAUCUUAGAUAUCCUUUUGAGAUACACUAAAAAGUCUGACCAAAAAAUAAUGACUAGAAAGGCAAGCCAGGAUCGUGACAAUCCGCUCGAAUAUCACGCAGAAGAAUUGAAACAAUUAUGGGAAAAGUUUCGUUACGAAUGAUGUUUUAUGGCUUUCAGGAUUUUUAUAAUUAAUUCAACAAAACAUAGGACGUUUUGCGUAUGCAUAAAAUUUCAAAUGUGUAGCUGUAUUCAGAGUAGAACUAUUUCAUAUGAUUGACAUUCAAUUGUGACAAUGCAAAAGUACCAUACUUAUUAAUUGUUAAGGUUAACUUACACGAAAAGCUGCUUAGCUGAAUGAAACUUGAUUAAAGGCCAA